CGUCUUGGGCAGCUCUGAGACGUUAGACUUGAGUUCACUAGGAGGUCGUUGAGUUUGCUCUUGGGCGCGAAGUUGAGCUUGAUUCAGCGAGUGUUGCUCUUGCAUUUGCAUAAGCAGGUGCUCCAUGGUUGGGUCCAAGGUCCCAUCGGGCCCAGUUGCCGCGUUCACCAGUGCUAACACCUCUUCUGCCGACGGUGCCUUCAUGACCGAGAAACCGAUUAGUAGCCCCGCCCUCAAAAAUGCGCGGAAUGGCAGUGACUUGGUGUUUGUAUUCACUACACUGACGAUCCGUAGAAGUACGUUUUAGUGUUUUAUACAUUAAAUAUUUUGUGAAAAGUCACUAAUAAGAGAAAAGAUAUUGAAGGAGAAGAAGAUGGCGGCGAAGCGAGUAUACACGGCGCUUUUGGUGUUGCUCCUCGCCAUUACAGUGCUGAACGAUUUCAGUCUAAAGGCUGUAGUGUCGGCGGGUAAGCCCAAAGCGCGCGCCAGCCACAUCCUGGUGCCUACUGAGACGGAGUGCGACGAGAUCUUGAAGGAGUUGCAGGCGGCUGACGAUCUUGAGUCAACUUUUGCUCGUUUGGCCAAAGAGCGCAGUAAAUGCCCAUCGAGUCGCCAGGGUGGAGAUCUGGGGUCGUUCGGACGUGGCCAAAUGGUGCCCGAGUUCGAUAUGGUAGCCUUUGAGAAGCCUGUGGGAGAAGUCCACAAAGUUAAGACCCAGUUCGGCUGGCACUUGGUGCUUAUUACUGAUCGUUCGGGGAUGGGCGACGAGGUGCUCAGUGACUUGGACGACGAUGAUGCAGACCAGGAUCGUGAUCUCUAAGUGCUGGUUUUAAACGGAGACGGGAACGAAAAAUUAAGGUACUCAGUCACCCACAAUGUUGUGGGAGGAUUCAAAUGCAGUGCAAACAGAACAGUUUGCUUUUUUUUCGCGGAAGUAGCAACUAAGCUGAAAGACGAGAGUUUGCAACAUGUUGCCAUGAUUUCUCGCUCAAUGAUUGCCAGUUGAUUAGCUGAGCGUGUUUAGUCUGUUGCUGCACGUGCUGCUUCAGGGAUGGCAGUGACGGCUACAGUUACCAACCCAACCGCUAGGAGCAGAAACAAAACUCCAAAUCCACCAUAAAUCAUCUUGUGGGCGAUAUUUAGUCCAUCUUCCGGGUGCUUUUUGAUGAACGAUUGCACAUCUGACACUUGUUUCGCUGAGAGCUGCGUGGGGUUCUUGCCCACUACAGAAGCAACACUGCGAAGGUCAGGAUCCUGCUCCGCGAAUUUCUUCAUUUUGCUGAUAUCGGCCUCCUUCAUUGGGGUAGUCUUCAGGUUUACCUUGGAGAGAUCAACCGUCUUCCCCGAGGCAGUCUUCAGUUUGGUAAUAUCAACUUUUUGCCCCACAGGAAUCUGGAUUUUGCCGAUGCAGAGAUUCUUUCCGGAUAACUUCUUCACCACGGCAAGGUUCGACGGUUUCUUGAGCAUGGACUUUUGCUUGAGGGCGCCUAAAAUCCCUCUCUCUUCGUUAGUUGAACCACCACUACCACCAGUUGCUCCUUUGAGGUGACGGAGCUCAUUUUCCUUUACUCGGACUUUACCAUCGGCUCCAGUUAAGCCUUCGAUGCGCGCAACGACGAAAACGAGGAGUAGGACUUGGACACACUGGAAUCGCAUGGGUGGAAGCAGAUUGCGAAAUGAUGGCCGCGUCUCAAUGAAACUUUCAUCGAAGUUAUGCCUAUCUGGAAUGUUUUGUCUGACUUCUACUGCAGG